AAUAAUUUGAAGAUAAAAGAGGCUACUUAUAUAAAGAUUGGAAUUGUAGUACCUUGCCAACCACACAUAUAAUACUCCUCAACACCCAAAAACACAAAGACAAACUUAGAAAUGGAAGAAGAGAAGAGAUUGGAGCUAAGGCUGGCUCCUCCCUGUCACCAACUCACUUCCAACAGCAACAACAACGAACCUAAACAAAGAAGCUUCACCAAAGAAACAUCAUUUGCUUCCAAUAACAGGGUUGAGGCAGCUCCGGUGGUGGGAUGGCCGCCGGUGAGAUCAUCCCGGCGAAACAUAACGGCACAGUUAAAGGAGGAAAUGAAGAAGAGAGAGUGUGAUGAAGAAAGAGAGUUGUACGUUAAGAUCAACAUGGAAGGAGUUCUCAUAGGAAGAAAAGUCAACCUCUCCGCUUUUAACAACUACCAACAGCUUUCACAUGCCGUUGACCAACUCUUCUCUAAGAAAGAUUCGUCGGAUCUAAACAGACAAUACACUUUGGUCUACGAAGACACCGAAGGAGAUAAAGUUCUGGUCGGAGAUGUUCCUUGGGAGAUGUUUGUAUCGACAGUGAAGAGAUUGCACGUUUUAAAGACCUUCCACAUCUCCUCGCUCUCACCUAGAAAACGUGGCCAGGAAUAGAGUGAGGUUCGCCAUAAUCAUCAGUUCGGUGAUUUGUUUAUAAUUGUAAUUUAUGGAAACUAAUGUGGUUUGGCUUGAUUUACUGAGUUUUUUGUUUGUCGUUGUUACUUAGAUUUUUUUUCUUUCUUUUCCAACUUAUGUUCUAGGUUUUUGCUAUUGUAUGACGAUUUUGUCUAAAGAUGCAGUUUGUUUAAGUAAGCG